AUGCCUAGUACAUCUCCUGUCAUUCUUAUUCUCGGUGCAGGGCCCAAUAUUGGCAAGGCCCUUGCCCGUAUCUUUGCAGCUGGAGGCUACAAAGUUGGCCUAGCCGCUCGUUCUCUCAAGGAAGCCGACAGUACCGACAAUCAACUUCACAUCACGAGCGACUUCUCCAAUCCAGACGAUGUCGUCAAUGCGUUUGACAAAGUGAAAAAGGCGUUCGGCAUCCCCAGCGUCGUUGUUUACAAUUGCAGCGCGAAUACAUUCACACCUGCUGACGACCCCUUGGCCAUUCCCUUGGCCAACUUCCGUUCUGAGAGAACCAUCAACAUCGACAGUGCUUUUGUCGCUGCGCAGCAGGCCAUACUGGGCUUUGACCAGCUCCCUUCGUCGGCUGCACGCACUUUCAUCUACACUGGAAAUGUCACCAAUGUUGCCAUUCUCCCAAAGAUGUUAUCAUCUGGCGUCGGUAAAUCAGGUGCGGCUCAUAUGAUCUGGGCAGCCUCGGUAGGGUAUAAAGAUCGUGGAUACAAGUUAUACUAUGCCGAUGAACGAAAGGAAGACAGAUCUCCUAAGUAUCGCAUCGACGGCGAUGCACAUGCGAAACUCUACUGGGAGCUGGCCCACGCCAAAACGCAGGGACCGUGGAUGCAGACAUUUGUUGCAGGUGUUGGAUACAAGAAGUUUGACACCAUAUAUACGCCGCUUGCAUAG